AGACGGAUGGAGUAUAUUACUAGUAAUACUUUAACUCAUUCUAUCUCUCUCAACUGUCUUAUCUGACUAUCUACUUCUCAAGUGCUCAAGGACUCUCCCACUGGAACCUUGCAGGCCUUCUCUCUCUUAAAUUCCUACCCCAUCUCUCCCUCUUUCUGUCUACUGUUGUUGUGUAUUUUACCUGCAAAAGUUAUAAAACCCAUCUGCCAGAAAGAGGAAAAAAAACUUGUCAAAGAAAAAAAAAACUCACUUCAGAAAUCCAAACAAAGCCUUCAUUAACACCCUACCAAGUACCCACCAAUUAGCAUAAAAAGCAUCUGAUUAUAUCUCAAAAAUCUUCUUCUCUUCUUAUUUUUCUUAUUUUCUCUCUCCAUGGACUUCAAUCUGAAGCAAUGGAGAGAUCAGCAGCAUGAGUCAGAGGAAGAACAACAACAAACUUCUGCAAAAAUCCCAAGACAACAACUGUUUUUUGAAUCACCCCAACAACAACAACAACAACACCAACAACAAGAAGUUGCUGCUUUACCUUUGUUUGUGUCUACUGAUUCACAACCCAACAAAAUGUCUGCUUACUCAGAUCACUCUUCAACUCCUACUGCAAUUCCCACUUCUACUACCAGAUUUCAAACUAGGGUGGGAGGAAGAUAUACAUUCAGUUUGGCACAAUGGCAAGAGUUAGAGUUGCAAGCACUGAUAUACAGGCACAUGGCAGCUGGUGCUUCUGUCCCUCCUGAGCUACUUCAGCUGGUGAAGAAGAGCCUUCUUACUUCUUCAACUGCUCCUUAUUAUCUCCAUCAUUACUCUCCUCAUUUCCAGCCUGCUGCUGCUGCUGCUUUGUUGCAAGCAGGGUAUUGGGGAAAAGGAGCAAUGGAUCCAGAACCAGGGAGGUGUAGGAGAACAGAUGGUAAAAAAUGGAGGUGUUCAAGGGAUGUGGUGGCUGGUCAUAAGUAUUGCGAGCGCCACAUGCACCGUGGCCGCAACCGUUCAAGAAAGCCUGUGGAAUUUCCUGCUGCUGCUGCUGCUGCUGCUGCUGCUGCUUCUUCUUCUGCAUCUGCUGGUGAUACUCUUGUUGGGUCAUAUAAUACUAAGCCAUCUCCCACUUUUGCUGCUGGAUCUGUUGCUGCAGAAACCCAAUUUUCUUUAUCUAGAUCAGGAGCUUCUUCUCUUGAUGCCUUUCAGCUAAAUCAAGGUAGGACAUCUGACAAGAAAACUUUGUUUGGACCUCAACUUGAAUCAUCAGUUUCUGGAAAUGGUGGGAAAUCUAAUAACAACGGGAGCAGGGUGUUGAUGCACUUAUUUGAUGAUUGGCCAAGAUCUGAAAACUCCCAAGGCAACGAUAUUUCAUCGUCGACAAGCCUCUCGAUUUCAACCUCUGGAAACCCAUCGUCGGAUUUCUUGAGGUUGUCAACCGGAAAUGGCGACGAAUUGGGUCUUAGGGAUGGGAACAGGAACGGAAAUGAAGAGAGAGAAAGGGCGCAACAGUUGAGUUGGAGUGCAGGUGGGUGGGGAGCAAAUCCAGUAGCUUCAAUGGGAGGCCCAUUAGCUGAAGCAUUGAGAUCAUCAAGCAACUCAUCUCCCACUAGUGUUUUACAUCAGCUACCUCGUUGCUCUGCUCCUGACACUAGCUUUGUCAGUGCCUAAAAUUGACUUUAGAUGUUUUUUUUUCCUCGAAAAUAAAAGUGAAGAGUUUAAAUUUUGAGCAUAUCAGUUGUUCUUUCCUUUUCCCUAUUUCUUGUUUGUUUCUAACUGUAUAACACUGAUCUUACCCCCACCCCACAAACAGAAGUGUUUUGCUUACCAUUUCAAUGAAUUAACAAAGCUGAUAUUUGUACCUUU